AACCUUUAGUCAAACUGAAGAUACAUUUGCCAGAAAUCUCUCAACACAGGACAGAAAAGGUUGCUCCUCAUUAAUUUUUAACAGAUCUGUCAGCUGACUCUUCGAUUUAACAUAAUGGUGAGGUUUCUGCCAAGCUGCAGCAAGGAGGACAUCAAUGCUGUAAAGAUGAGUGGUAUCUUUGCUAGUUGUGCACUCACAGCACUGCUGCUGGCUGCAGCCUGGGCAGACCACCACCACAACGACCAUGAUGGAGAAAUUAGCUGCCACAAGCUGUCGUCUCCCAAUGCUGACUUUGCCUUUGCCCUUUACAAAAGUCUCAAUGCGAAGGUUGCUGCUGGAAAGAACAUCUUGUUCUCGCCACUGGGCAUCUCCACUGCCCUGUCCAUGCUGUCUACAGGAGCCCGUGGUGAAACCCACAGCCAGCUGUUCUCCAGCUUGGGCUACAGCACCACAAACCAGUCUCAGGUUAAUGAUGCAUACAAACAUCUUUUCGACAUGCAUGGACACAGCCAGGAGAACCAGCAGUUAGAUGUUGGUAAUGGUGUGGCCCUGCGCUCUGGCUUCAACCCUGUGGAGAAGUUCCUGAACGAUGUCAGGCAUUACUAUUCUGGUGAAAUCUUCAAUGUUGACUUUACCAAACCAGCUGAGGCUGCAGCUGAGAUUAAUUCGUUCAUUGCUAAUAAAACCCAGGAUAAGAUCAAAGAUAUGGUGAAGGACCUGGACCCUGAAAUGGCCAUGUUGCUGAUUAACUACGUUAACUUCAGAGGACAGUGGAAGUCACCAUUCAGCCUUGACAUGACAAAGAAGGCAGACUUCCAUGUGGACAAGACCACCAAAGUUCAGGUGGACAUGAUGAUGAGGACGGGUUACUACAGCUUCUAUCAGGAUGUUGACAACCACACCACUGCCAUCAUGCUGCCCUACAACGGCAGCACCUCCAUGAUGAUCGUCCUGCCUGAUGAAGGCCGGAUGGCGGAGGUGGAGGGCUACAUCAACAAGGACUACCUCAGGCACUGGCAAAACUCAGUCCGGAGGAGAUAUGUGGAUCUGUUCCUGCCAAAAUUUUCCAUCUCUACUGAGGCUUCCCUGGACAGCACGCUAAAAGAACUGGGCAUAACCAACGCUUUUGCAGACAAUGCUGAUUUUUCUGGCAUAUCCGAGGAGGUUAAGCUCAAAGUCUCAAAGGCAUCUCACAAAGCUGUGCUGAAUAUCACUGAGACGGGAACAGAGGCAGCAGCCACCAGCAUCAUCGAAAUUAUCUACCUUAUGAUGCCACCGUCUAUCAGAAUAGACAGACCAUUCUUGGUUUUCAUCAUGGAAAACUCCACCGGGAGCAUCCUCUUUAUGGGCAAGAUCAAUAACCCCACAGCCAUGUAAAGGGACAUGCUAGGAAAAUAAGCAUCACCAUCACAGGUCAUGCUGAUCAGAAUCACUGCCUCUUUAGCCAUCAAACUGAUGGUAGCAAGAAGUGUGUUUGUAUCUGUCUUUGCAUGGGAGUUUUUAUGUCUCUCAGAAUUUAAGAAAUUAUCAUUAAAGAACAUUCUGUUGAUGUAAAUGAGAAGGACAGAUGCAACAAUUAGUGGAUUCCUGGUUCCACAGAUCGAUUCAUUGACAGAAAUGUUUUAAAUCUCUAAAUUAAUUAAUAAUUUUUCAAGCACAAAAUGCCCACAUUUGAUGAUUUUGGGCUCUAAAAUGGGGGAAUUUGCUGCUUUUACUCAUCUUACAAUAAUGUAAAUUUAAAUGAAUAAUCUGUAAUGAAAAUAAUUGUUAUUACUGCCCUAAUUAGGAGCAGUCUGAGGGGUUCUGCAUGUAAGCAUGUGAACGUUUGUCUUUUACUUUGAAAGGGGUGCCCUGAGAAUAGUGAUUUAGUGAUUUAAUUUUCUAUUCAUUGACAACAAUGUAACAUCAAAUAGAUGAAACAUAUUUAAAUGUGAUUAAAUAAUAUUAUUCUAUUCCA